GAGAAACCGCUGUGAACGCUAUUGGUAAGCCAACACAGACGUGAGACGAGAAUUUAGUUUAUUUUAGACCUUUAUCCAGUUUAUCCAUGUCGCUGUGUAGAUGUAAACGUUUUGAAUGAGUCCGCCUCGUUAUUAUUCAGGACCAUAUGCUGAGAAAACCGAGCGGAGGAAAAAGAAACGACAGUUUGAGAGGCAGUCUGGACCCGGAGGACGAAGCGGUUAGCCUUAUAGUAACUCACAGCUGUACUGCCAAGAAGGAUACACACACUCAAAGUGGCAUCGCCAAGGAAUAGCACACGGAACAGAGGAUAAUCUGGCCGAGGAUAACCUUGUGAAUCUCCUGACAUCGAGAAGGAGAUAAGUUAGUUGGCUUGGUGAGAAGAUAACACCUAACUACGGCGACGUUGGCCAAUACUGUCACCUCAAAAUAGAAAGAAAAACAAAACAAACGUCCAGUCACCAUCCAGCGUUUUAAGGAUGAACCACUUAUCCCUCAGCGAGCUAUGUUGCCUGUUCUGCUGUCCACCGUGCCCCAGCAAGAUAGCCUCCAAGCUGGCCUUCCUGCCCCCCGAGCCCACCUACAGCCUCAUGUGUGACGAAAGCGGCAGCCGAUGGACGCUGCACCUGUCAGAUCGCGCUGACUGGCAGUACUCGGCCCGCGAGAAGGACGCCAUCGAGUGUUUCAUGACACGCACCUCGAGAGGGAACCGGAUUGCCUGCAUGUUUGUCCGCUGCUCACCCAGCGCCCGUUACACACUAUUGUUCUCCCACGGAAACGCAGUGGACUUGGGCCAGAUGAGCAGCUUUUACAUUGGCCUGGGUUCACGGAUCAACUGCAACGUCUUCUCCUACGACUACUCGGGUUACGGGGCCAGUUCUGGGAAGCCAUCAGAGAAGAACCUUUACGCUGAUGUUGACGCUGCCUGGCAGGCACUCCGGUCACGGUAUGGCAUUCGGCCAGAGAACGUGAUCGUGUACGGCCAGAGCAUUGGCACUGUGCCCUCGGUGGACCUGGCUUCUCGCUAUGAGAGUGCUGCAGUCGUCCUCCACUCCCCGCUCACCUCUGGCAUGAGAGUGGCCUUCCCUGACACCAAGAAGACCUACUGCUUUGACGCCUUCCCAAACAUUGACAAGAUUUCAAAGGUGACGUCACCGGUGCUGGUCAUCCACGGUACAGAAGACGAGGUCAUCGACUUCUCUCAUGGCCUGGCGCUGUACGAACGUUGCCAACGCCCCGUGGAGCCACUCUGGGUGGAGGGGGCUGGACACAAUGACGUGGAGCUCUAUGGACAGUACCUGGAGAGACUCAAACAGUUCGUUGCACAUGAGCUGGUAAACUUGUAG